CCGUAUCAUAUUGAGCGAAACAGGGAGCUCGAGCUGGAGCGCGUUUGAGAAUUUUGUUUACUUUAGCUUGCUGAAGAACUGUUCCACCGUCUGGCAGUCUGGAUUUUAUUGGAGCUAAUAUCUAAAAAUUUCAAACUUAUCUUGCCAAUCGCUGCUAACGUUCCCCGUGGAUUUUUAGAGGUGAACUGCCACGAUGGGAACAGACAAGAAGACAAUCGAAGCUGAAGAGAAGGAUGAAAAAGUAUACAAAUCUUUCAAGCAACGCAAAACGUUUACUCAAAGGAAGGAGGAGGUUGCAGGCAUAAGAGCAAAGUUUCCAAACAAAGUACCAGUGAUUGUUGAAAGGUACUAUAAAGAGGUUCAGCUUCCUUUGCUGGACAAGACAAAGUUUUUAGUACCACAAGAACUCACAAUGAGCCAGUUUGUUACAAUAAUCAGAAAUCGAAUGCAACUCACUGCCACGCAGGCCUUCUAUCUGAUAGUUAACAACAAGAGUCUUGCAAGCAUGUCUACUACUCUAGCAGAGAUCUAUCGAGAUGAGAAAGAUGAGGAUGGUUUCCUGUACAUGGUAUAUGCUUCCCAGGAGAUGUUUGGUUGCUGAAAGACCGCAUCUGUGAGCUCAUCUCUUUAUCACGUUGCUUUCUACUCGCCUUUAUGUCUUAUUCCAAAUAUUUAUGUACUAUUCUAUUUUUCAGCAUUGUUUUUUUUGUCCUUGAAUUGUUUUGCCUGCCUGAAGAUGAGCAAAUGAAGAGAAAAUCUUGCAUGAACUCAGAAUGCCAAAGCGCAAAGCAUGAAGCAAGAUGUGUGUGCAUGAGUGGAUGUACAUGUAUGUAUGUACAUAGGUGUUUAUGAAGUAAAGGGGUCUUGCCAGGCAUCAUGCACCGGUGCUGGAAUGGAAAACAUGUACGGACUGAACAAGAUGUCAUUCAAGAAUAUCAGCAGGUCUCCAAUUAUGUAACAGAGUACAUGUAUGUGAAGAUGCUCCCAGUUGAUGCAACAUUGUUAUUAUGUUAAAACAUAUGUAAGUGAACUCGAUUGAAGCUUCAAUUUUGUACCUGUCCAUUGUGUAUGUUAUCUUAAUACUGAGCAUUCAGUAUGUUCAUGCUUAAGAUUCAAAGCACACUUAAAGUUUUGAAGUAAGACAAAAUUCGAAAUUGCAGUCCACAAGAGUAUCGCAUGUACAUGCUAAAGAAGUCAAUUUGCUCGAGAGGGUGCUGUAAUGUAUGAAAAGCCUAAUCAGCAUUAAUAUUUUGAACUUGAAAGGUAUACUGUAAGUUUAUGAUAGAUUCUUAUGUCAUAGAAAGCCAAGGUGUCAUUUGUCUAAUAUUCCUAUCUUAAACUUGGGAUUUUACCGAAGAAAAUAGCUAGGAAUGCAUCAAAAUGUUCCACUUGACUUUUCUAGAGGUCCUCCAAAAAGCAUCAUUUAUGAUUUAGUAUAUUUAUGUCUACUGAUGGGGGAAAAUACAUGUAUAUACAAGAAAGUCUGUUUUUGUGUCCUAAUGCAGGGUGCUACAUAACGUUUUAGAUUCACUUGUUGGGCAGGAAAAUUUUUUAAUAGUUUGAAUAUACUUGCCCAAAAAUCUAUUUCACUUGCCCGAAAAAUCCUUGAAAAAAAUGUUUUACCUCUUCAAAGAAAUAUAGUACGGUUUAAGAAACCAUUGACCUUUUUUUCUCUCUUUUGACAUGAACUGAUGAACCUUGUUGCAUUUCUUUUUACAAAGUAAUUUUAUCUUGCCCGCCAUGACCAUAUUUAGGGUGGGUAUAUCAUAUCAACCCUAAUUUUGGUAAUUCUUCUGUGAGAAUUUUGCUUGCCCUAUUCAGGGAAGUGCUUAUGUAGCACCCUGCCUAAUGCCAGCCAUCAAUUAAUCUUUUGAACAUCUCAAAAUACCCUACUUAUUCGUUAUGGGAAUCUUUGUAGUUAGAACUAUCUUCUGUUUUGUGAAAGUACAUUGGCCUGCUGAUUAAAAGAUGAAGACAGACAGAUUUGGCUUGGGUUGAAUUCUUCAUGGUACCAGGCUAUUUUUGCAUGCUGUCAAAAACAUGGAGAUCAGAAUGGGCAUGAUACAUACUUAGCAUCAUAAGCCCAAGCUGGUAUAUUCCAUGUGAAUAGCCCCACUUCGGUUGAUAAAAACAGGGUUUAUUAUCAAAACUUUUUCUAGAAUGACUGAUUGAGCUAGAAUCUUGAUGAACUUUUCAAACUUGGAUUGAUGGAAACACACAUGUUGAAUUGAAUCAGAUUAACACUGGUGUUACAUGUAGUAUGUAGAUAACCCUUUACAAGUAAAAAUCCACCUUUAAUAUGCAUUUAUGGGUGAAGAUACAUGGUAUGUGUUCAUGAAAAAAAAUACAAAAAAUAAAAGUGCUUGCUUUUGUAUUUUAUAUUUUUUCAUAUUCAUAUUUGAUUGGUUGACAUUUGUUUUCUUUUUGGGGUAUUUUAUAAUUUCUUUUUCAAUUGAGAGUAAAAAAUUGCAUAGUACAGUACAUGUAUGAAUAUGUAUGCUUUGGUGUACGACAUACCAUAGCUGUUAUGUUUCAUUUGGAAAUUGUGAUUUCUUCUUUUUCCUUUGAUUAGAAAAGUUUGACAGUAAUGGAUCUAAAUGUAUACAUUAUAUUUUCAGGGUACCGUACAUCGCUACAUGUAUGCUUUUCCCAGCAAUAUAAGACAUGUGCAAUUUUCGCUACAUGUAGGUUUUGCACUUCAUUUUGAACAUUGUUUUCAUUGCCACCUACAUAAAGAGAAUACCAUUAGCAUUGUAUGGAAUUCCAAUUUACAGAGUUGCUUGGUAAGAUUGAGAAAGUCAUUUUGACUUCUCUAUUGAUUUGAUAUUAACCUGCGUGGAUGGUUAAAGGAUUUCCUUUUUUAGAGGACUUGAAAAACCACCUGCCUUGCUUUAAUCACUUUAUUCCUAUCAAUCCACCAUGAAGUAAGGAAAAUAUUUCUCUGCCAUUGACCUUUCUUUUCAGUCAGGUCAAAUGAUAUCUUAUCAGUUGUUUGUGAAAAACAGUCUAGCAACACCAUUGUUAUGGUGAGCUUGUUUGUUUUCAAUACAUUUGAAUGUACAUUUGAUUGUCAUUUGUAAGAAAGAACAAUGAAAAAAUGAAUAAUAAGCUUAUAUUGUUGUUGUGUUGUGUUGUAGUGUAGAGAACAAUUUAAUUUGUUCAUUGAAAUUUGCUUCAGAGAAAUGGUAAAGUUGAAGACAUCAUCAGCCUCCCACUCCCUCGAAACAUAAAUGUCACUUGUGAAGUGUGUCGGAUUCAAUGAUUUGAUUAAGUAAAACAAUUUUCAAUAGAUCUCUUUCCAUGUAAAUAUGUUGGAUAAGUAAAGAAAAAAAAUCAUGAAAACAUCUUUGAUAUCACAGAAUAUUGUAUGUCACAGCAUGAAAGAAAGAAUCUUAAAAUGAUAAUUAAUUUGAUGAAUUUGAGUCAACCCCCCUGACUGUCUGAACUCAACUCCAAGACAAGGUGCUAAAACAACAUGCCAGAAGUAAUUUUGAUGAAGGGCAUAUGUAAAAAGAAUGUGUCAAAUAAAGCAUUGUGAAUUUCAAAAUAUGUACACGGAUGCCAAGUAAAGAUGUUCUCCCAAGUCAAUUAAAAAAGUGUUCUAAGGCCUGGUUACACUGGCUGAUGCAUGUAAAAUGUACUCCUAAUGGAUACAGCAGACAAGCAAAAUUUCGGGGUUGCUCCAUCCGUUUUCAUUCGCUCCAGGCAAUGGAUGUAAUGGGCGAACAAUGAAAUCACAGCCGAUGGAUGCUCGAUGGACAUAGGGCGUAUGAAACACGUAUGCAAAGUGUACACAUCGGAUACAUAACGUUUUCCAACGGAUUGCAAGAUUCUUUUACAUCUUCUCUGCAUCCGCAAGUGCAGUGGGACCAAGCCUUAAAACAUGUUAAAAGGGAUGAUGGUAUAUGUAUGAUACAGUACAAAUCUGCGUAUAGACCAGGCAGUCCUCAGCAUAUCUUGGACUGAGUAGCAUGUGCAGCAUUUAUUAAUUUUUAUGUGAAUCAACAUCCUCUUUUGGUCAUUGUUUUCGAUAAGUCUGUGAUGUGAUUAAAUGUACAUUCAUAUUGGUGUCCGGGGAAAGGCAAGAGUAUCACUGUAUCUCAUUUUGAAUAUACAUGUAAUGCAUGUGAAUUUUGUUUAGAACAUGGAAAGAGAAUGAAUCAAAAUUUUGUGAGGAUUCUGUAGUUUUAUCACUCUUAUGUAAUCAACUCACUCAUUGAUUAAUUUACAUGUGUCAGCUUGGCUGAAUUUGUAACUGGUUUUAUGUUUGAAUUGACUUUGAGUGUGAUGACAAUUUUCAUUGUUUAAUGUACAGUAGAUUCACCCAGUCCCAGUUUACAUCAUUAGUGAUAUUUCCUUAACUUGUGCAUUGCAAACAGUAGUGUUGUGGGAGUACUGCACCAAGCAUUUUACAUGAGUGUUAAAUUCAAAGUGCUAGUUCAACACCUACUGUAAUAUUGGUGUUAUGAUAACACAUCAUCGGUGUUAUAUUAACAUUAUUCGGUGUUGAUAAUGGAAAUUUCAAGCUAGCUUUGCUGCUGGCUUAGUUAGAUGGUAACUGGCAUGCAUAGAAUUAAGCAGUCUUUUAGCUAGCAUUUACUGUUCACUACCUUAAUUGCAAUUGCUUAUUAAGUGAGCCACCGGCUAGUCGCUAGCACACUUAAAUUUCUAAAAGGAAUAUAUUCAACCUCCUUGGUGUACUUGUAAGUUGUAACAUGUUAAGGUGCGCUCCUCUCACAACACCAACUGAUUGCUAUUCUUAAUAUAGAAUUGACCGUAUGAUUAUGCAGUACUACUACAUAACGAUAUUAAAAGCAAAAAUCUGAAAAUUGACAUUUAAAUGCUCUACAAGUUGAUUUCCUAUAGUUUUCUUCAUAAUUUUGUUCUAUUUUCUUUUAGAAAUUUACGUUGAGUUCUUAGUUCUUAAAAUAUAUUUUCAACCAGAAUCAUCCACAAUUUUGAUUAGAAUGGUUUUAGAGGUCUGUUAUAUUUUUUAAUCGAUAUUAUCAAGAACUGAUAGAAAAGAAAGAAGAAGAUGCUAAUCAUGUCUAGUCUGUUCAUAUUGCAUUGCCUAUUUACCUGUAGAUCACUAAUGAUUAGUAGUUUUCUUCCAGAAUGUAUCGUACAGUACAAUAGAAUGUAAGAUUUCAUAGCUUUCAAUGUACAUUGCGUUUGGGUAUAUUUUUGACUGGAUUAUAAAGCAUGAUAAUUUGAAUGUUUACCAUGUUGCAUUUAUUGGUGCUGGUAAUUUUAAUGUCUAUUUACAAAGGCUUCCAUGAUCAUAGUUGUAUGCAGCCAGUAGGAUCCACGAUGCCGCUAUUGCAUUGCAGUACAUGUAUGUAUCAGACAAUGACAUUUGAAAUAUUAUGCCAGUUCAGACGAAGAAACUUGAUUUAUUUAAUGAUGGAAUGUGGCAUUUGAGACUUUUUUUUCUGCUGUAAAAUGCCUUUGGAUGUUGUGUUAUUUGAUCUGGCCUGUGGAAACAAGUUAGACA